CCGCUAUGAUCGUCGAUCAGGAAAUUGGUCUGGACCGUUUGGAGAACGGUGAUUUGGAUAGACGGGCGCGCACCAGGCGUAAUAUGGCACGGGACACCGUAAUCCGCAAUGCUCAGCACAGCCUGAGUGUCGAUAGAUUUACGCUGCGUGAGUUUCUAGAGCGCUGCGCGACGAGGGCGGGUUUGAUGCGAGUCGAAGGUCCGGACCAUGAUGAAGGGGGUGCCGAGGACGAGGAUGAACUGGUUCCACCCGGAUUGAUGGCUGCGGGGGAACCAGUCAUCGGUGAUCAAAAUAUAGCUCAAGAAAACGACAAUCGUCGUGGUAUAAGGGCGAUAAGGGGCAACAAUCCCCGUGGUUUGCGACGUGCUCGUGGCAGGGCUGCUGCUGCACUACGCCGCCCUGAAGAACCCCGGAUUGGGAUCGAUGACGACAACCAAGAGGAGCAACCUCGACCGGCUAACCGCGGCCGAGGCAGGGGUCGCGGAAACGCACGCGGGAGGAGGCCUGCGAGACAGCUGGAGGGACCUGUAGAGAUCCGCGAUAAUGACGCCAACCGUGAUGAGGAUGGCGAAGUACCUUUGCCGGAGGGGCGUUGCUCGGUUUGCCUGCUGGAGCCCGCAACGCACGCAUUCGUACCGUGCGGCCACAGGUGCUGCUGUGGAACGUGUGCACCCCGAAUAACGGUGCGUUGCCCACUAUGCAGGCAGGAUUUCGUGGGAGUAUACCAGAUUAGAUUAUAGUGAAUUAUCAUCAUCAUCAUCAUCAUCAUCAUCAUCAUCAUCAUCAUCAUCAUCAUCACCAUCACCAUCACCAUCACCAUCAUCAUCAUCACCAUCAUCAUCAUCAUCAUCAUCAUCAUCAUUGUUAUUAUUAUUAUUAUCAUUAUUAUUAUUAUUGUUGUUGACGUUGUUGUUGUUUUUAACAAAAACAUAUUAAACAUAAAUUUAAACAGA